AUGGCAACCAUUCUUGAUAAAAUGGGUAUUAAUGAUGAUAUUCAAUUAUUUUCUAAUUUUGAUUCUGGCAAUAUGGCACGUUAUGAACGUGUUCAAAGUCAAACCUCAACAGCAGACUUUUUGACUGAUAAUGCUCAAACUAACGGUGAUAAUGGACAAAAAUCAUCUGAAACAACAACAUUGAAUACUCAUACAUUGCCAAAAUAUGAUCUGGAAUUUAAUUUAUGGACUAAUCGUGAUUGUGAAAAUAGUUUAAAAGUUAAUUCAAAUCGAUCGUGGUUCUAUUUUGGAGUUAAAGGUGGACACGGAAAAUGUAUUCGAUUUAACAUUAUGAAUUUAAAUAGACAAGCACGACUAUUUGAAAUGGGAAUGUUACCUGUUUUUCGAACAGUUCCUAGUCAUGAAAAAUGGUCUCGUUUGUAUACUCGUCCAAUAUGGGAAACACUGGAAGAUGAUUUCAAAAUGUCAUUUACUCAUCGUAUUGUCGAUAUGAAAACAUCUGUUACUUAUUUUGCCUUUUGUUUUCCAUAUUCGUAUGAAGAAACACAAGAACUAUUAGCCAUGUAUGAUACACAAUAUGGAUCAACAUUAGCUGAACGUUAUUUACACUUAACAAAUCAAAAGUCAAGCACGGUAAAUUCAGAUAUUUAUUAUCAUAGAGAAACAUUAUGCUAUUCAUUAGAUGGAAAUAAAGUUGAUUUAUUAACAAUAACAUCUUACAAAGGUAUAAUGCAAGAACGAGAACAUCAUUUUGAUAAAAAAUUAUUUCCUGAAAGUCGUCAAACAUUACGUCCACAUCAAUUUAAAAAUAAACGAGUUUUCUUUUUAUCUAGUCGUGUACAUCCAGGUGAAACUCCUGCUUCAUUUGUAUUCUUGGGGUUUUUAGAAUUCAUUCUUAAAUCUGAUGAUUUAAGAGCAAAAUUAUUACGUGAUUGGUAUAUAUUUAAAUUGAUACCAAUUCUAAAUCCAGAUGGUGUCAAACGUGGCCAUUAUCGAACAGAUCAAUUAGGACAAAAUUUAAAUAGAAUGUACUUGGAUCCUGAUUUUGACAAACAUCCAAGUGUUUAUGCAUCAAAAAGUUUACUUAUCUAUCAUCAUAUUAACAAUCAAAUUGAGCAAAAUAGCUCAAAUUCAACUUCUAAACUAACUAUCUAUGAUAUAUUUGAAAAUGUGAUGCCUGACGAAGAAAUACAAAAACGAAAAGAAGAAGUGACAAUAGUUCCUCCUCAGGUGACAACACCGUGCGUGAAUCGUCAAAUAUCAACAGGAUCAAUGGGCAGUAGUUCAGUGGUCAGUGAAACAUCAUCAUCAUUGAUUCGAGCACCUCCACAACGUUAUACAAAAUUGAAAUCAUCUAUAACAGAUGGUAUGGAAUAUUUACAAACAGCUACAACAACUAUGGGCUAUGAACAAACAAAUGAAUGGAAUACACUAGGUCAGCCUCUAACAACAACAAAUCAUUCGAAAUCGAAAACUUCUCAUUUUUGCAAAGAAAUUAUAUACGAUCAUGAGGUAUCAAAUAUAGCAACACCAACAGUUGAUUGCACAUUGACGAAAAGUCCUAGAAAAACAAUCGUUUGUUUCACUCGUGAGGCACCCUAUCUACAAAAACAUCAACAAGAACAAACAGAAAUUAUUAAUGGAAUUGAUUCAACAGAUAUUGAUGCGCAAAACUUUUUUCUUGAUCGAGCAGAAACAAAAAUUCACACAACAGAAAAUUUUAAUGAAAUUGAAAAAUCAUCACCAUAUUCAUUUCAUUUUGUUAAUGAAAAUUUAGAAUUACAUCAAGAUUUAUAUCGAGAUUUAACUGUAGAAGAUGAAGAAGGUUAUCAUAUAGGUAAUGAGGGAUCGGACGAUGAAGAUGAAUGUUCGGCUACUGCUGCACAAAAAGAUGGUACAAACACCGCUACAACGAUUACUGAAGCAAAAUCUCCACAUUUAUCGAGUGUUGAGUUAUUAAAAAUUAGUCCAUAUGAAAGUGGUAUAUGUUAUUAUAUUGAUUUACAUGGUCAUGCAAGUAAAAAAGGAUGUUUUGUCUAUGGAAAUUAUUUGCAAGAUGAUGACAUGCACACGGAUAAUCUUUUAUUUGCAAAACUGAUUUCAUUAAACUCACCACAUUUCGACUAUGAUAAUUGUAAUUUUACAGUAAAAAAUAUGUACAUGAAAGACAAACGAGAAGGAUUAUCGAAAGAAGGAAGUGGAAGAGUAGCGCUUUAUAAACAUCUCGGUCUAAUUCACUCUUAUACACUGGAAUGUUCUUAUGCUGUUGGCAAAACGUGUCAAUCAAUUCCUGCUGCUGAAAAUGAACAAUUUGGUCGUAUAUCACCACCAUGUCCGUACGUAACUAAUUUACAUUUAUCUCUAUAUUCAUUACCUCAAAAACUCACGCAGGAGCAUUAUAAAGAUGUUGGAAAAGCAUGUGCAUUGGCUGCACUUGACAUACUACCGGGACAAAAUCCGUUUACACGUGUUACACAAUCAACUUUUCGCACAUUACAAGGACUCAGAGAUUAUCUUAAACAUCAAGUGAGAACACAACGAAAUAGAACAAAUCGACCGUCGGUAGCAGCAACAACAACAACAACAACAAACUUUAGUACGGCGAAUAAUAGAGGAAAACAACAGUUUCAAUAUGUGUCUAAGAUUGUCAAUUAUAACAACAGACCAACAAAUUUCAAUAAUAAUACUCAACCUACAAUAACCAAUGUUCCUUCUGUAUCAAAUCAAUAUGGAAUGUUAAGUGCUCAAUCGUCGACUUCAACAACUAAAUUAUCCAAUCGUCUUAUGUCCUCGAAUAUAAAAUUUCGAUCAAACGACAGACGAAGUUUCAACAAUAAACGAAAUCCUUCCACUCAAAACGAAGGCAAUCCGUCUGACACCAUUGUACCACCAUUAUCGCGCAUAGAAAUCUCUGCUCGUACAUCAUCAUCCUCAAAAUUAUUUCAUUCAUCACCUGCUCGACUACAGAAACAACACUCAAAUCAGAUUAGAUUUGAUCAAACAAUACCAAGUCCAAUUAUUGAUCCUGCUCUGACUUCGAGACAUGAUCUCCGUUUUGGAAUAAAUAAAUUACCAACGUCCAGAGUUAUGCAAAGACAAACACUCAGCUUAAGUUCAUUACCGGUUAGAGCAUCAGAUUCCAGUUCUCGUUCUACUCGUGUGGGCCAAUCAGCACCCCACAGUUUUACCAAAUCGACUUCAGCAAAUGCUCUAAAACAACAACCACAAAAACAUCAUCGAUUACCAUCAACUACUACUCAUCUAGUAUUAUCAACAGAUCCACUUUUAACGUAUAAACCUCAAAAUACUAUUCAAAAUCCACAAACAGUUCUAUUUGAAUAA